CUGCUUCAGAUUCUGUGUCUCCCUCUCUCUCUGCCCCUUCCCCUCUCACUCUCUGUCUCCCAAAAAUAAAGAAAUGUUAAAAAAUAUAUGUUAAAAAAAAAGGAGAGGCUACAGAAUAAAUUAAUGCAAACGUGGAGAAUUGACGUAUUUAUGGCAGAUAUUACUGAAGCACGUUAAAGAAAACAUCCCCCUCUAUCCAGUAAAAAGACUUAGUAUCUGCCAAAAUUAAGGAUGACUCCCAGCCCUGGAAGAUUGCACUUUUUUUUUUUUUCCCCAUCAUGAGGAAACUAACGUCAAGAUAUCAAUAGACAGGGAUAGGCCAAAAGAAUUUUGCUGUUCUCUUUAUGUGCCUAAGUUGCAAUGCCAGUUGAUAGUUGGAUAUUAUUUCUCCAGCUCCUGCCAAGGCAUGGCGAUGGGGGUCUUCAGUUAUCUCCCAUGUCUAGGACCAGAGCUAGCAAAGAGAGAAUGUGUUCUCACCCGUUUUUUGUUUUUGUGUUUUGUUUUGGGGUUUGUUUUUGUUUUGUUUUGUUUUGUUUUGUUUUGGUGCUUUCCUCCAGGCGAGAAUUGUGGGCCUCUAGGGAAAUCCUACAAUUUUCUUACCCCAUGAUGGCACAAAAAGAAAGACACUUUCUCUAACAGGAAUCUUAAAAUGCAAAAAGUAAGUCCCAAGAGCGGAGACUCCUCAAAGGGAAUCUGAAAACUUCCCGUGUCUUCGUGAUUUGUAGAAAUAGGCCUCUGAUAAGACCUCCACCCACCACCCACCCAGACUCGUGCUAUCCCCUGAUUAAAAACAGAAGGCACUGGUUGUUAAUUCUUUCUGCUUCAGAGAAGGAGAAACCUAUUACAGGACUAUGUCAGCUCUGAAGUGUGGAAGAUCUUCCAGAGUCCCCUUCAAUGGAAACAAGCCGUGAAAAGGGUAUUUAAAUACAUUUUAAUUGACAAAUUGCGUUUAUAAAAUUAAAGGAUAUGUCUGCAGAGUUAAGAACCUGUAAAGGAUUUUCACUAAAUUGAGAACAAGUGCUCAUUUCCAGGUGGUAAGAGGAUCUUGCCUCUCCUUUAUUGUCACGGGGGGAGAGUGAUUUGUUCUCAUUAUUGCUAGCAUUUCACUGGUAUUUUACCACUCUUGCGAUUGUUGUUGUUUUCGUUUUAGGUAAAUGACUGGCGUGCGGGUGACCCCAGCAGGGGCACGGGCCUCCUGGCUGCUGCGGCGCAGGGGCUUCUGGGGAUUGUAGUCCGCAGACUUUCCUGCGCAUGCGUUAUGGGCUCCGGCGGGCGCCGUGGGCGACCUUGUUUGGGGCGCUGAGUUCUGCGUUCUCGGGAUCCCACUCUUUCCAAGAGGAAGACAGUAUGGUUAAGUUCCGGGAAACUGUGACCUUCAAGGAUGUGACUGUGGUCUUCACUGAGGAAGAGUUGGUGCUACUGGACAAGGCCCAGAUACACCUGUACCAGGACGUGAUGCUGGAGAACUUUAGGAACAUUGUCUCAGUGGGAGACAGGAUUAAAGACAACAUUUCACAUCUUCAGGGAAAAGGGUUGAGUUAUCUCUCGCCAGAAGGGCUCUACCGCUGGCCGAUUUGGAAACAAAGGAUCAGUGAAUUAACUGGGAGUCAAGAGUGUAUCAUGACUGUUCAAGGAAAUUGUCCCCAGUAUUUAGAAGGAGAUGUUUUCCUCUCUGAAGAAUGGGUAGGAGUGUCUCUUCAGAUUUCUGGAAGUGAGAACUAUGUAAUAAAGGCCAUUAAUUUAGAAAAUCAAGAUGGCACAGCGUGGAAAGGCCCGACACAAGUCUUUACACCCGAGUCUUGGAAGGAAGCCCGCAUGACUGAGCGCCAGAAUUCUCAAGGACAAUAUGAGAAAAUUCACGUGGAACAGACACUGUAUGGAUGCGCUCAGGGUGAUGACCACAUCAGUCAGACAUCACGGGGUCAUGGUGAUUCCCAGGAAUGUAAAGAAGAAGAUCCCUGUAGAUACACUGACUGUGGGAAGCACUUGGCAGUGAAGUCAACAGUCCAUAACGUAGUCCCUGUGGUACCACAACCUGUCGAAUGUAAUCACUAUGAGGUGGGACACAUAGAUGUUGCAGACCCUCUUGUCCAUCCCAGCACUCACGUAGGAGAACAGUCUUGUAGAUGGGACCAGUGUGGAAAGGACUUCAGUCAGAGCUCAGAUCUUGCUGUUCAUUAUAAAACUCAUUCAGAGGACAAAGCUUAUGAAUAUCAAAAGUGGGCUGAGGGCUGCAAGCAGAGCGCAGAGCCUCCCAGAUACCAGAAGGGCCCCUCGGGAGACAAACCCUAUAAAUGUCCCGAAUGUGGCAAGGUCUUCAGGCGCAACUCCUCUCUUCACAACCAUCACCGAGUCCACACGGGGGAGAUGCCCUACAGAUGUGAUGUGUGUGGGAAGGGGUUCGGAUUUAGGUCCCUUCUUUGUAUUCAUCAGGGAGUGCACACAGGGAAAAAGCCCUACAAAUGUGAGGAGUGUGGGAAGGGCUUUGAUCAGAGCUCCAAUCUUCUUGUCCACCAGAGGGUCCACACUGGCGAGAAGCCCUACAAAUGCAGUGAGUGUGGCAAAUGCUUCAGUUCAAGCUCUGUUCUUCAAGUCCACCGGAGGCUGCACACGGGGGAGAAGCCUUACCGGUGUGGCGAGUGUGGAAAGGGCUUCAGCCAAAGCACACACCUUCACAUUCACCAGAGAGUCCACACAGGGGAGAAGCCCUACACAUGCAACGUGUGCAGAAAGGCUUUUGCCUACCGUUCAGUUCUUCACACUCAUCAGAGAGUUCACACAGGAGAAAAGCCUUAUACCUGUGACGUGUGCGGUAAGGGCUUCAGUUACAGCUCAUAUUUUCACUUACAUCAAAGAGAUCAUACCAGAGAGAAACCGUAUAGAUGCGAUGAGUGUGGUAAGGGCUUCAGUCGGAAUUCAGAUCUUCAAGUGCAUCUCAGAGUCCACACAGGAGAGAGGCCCUAUAAGUGUAAGGAAUGUGGUAAGGGCUUCAGUCGUAACUCAUACCUUCUUGCUCACCAGAGAGUGCAUACGGAUGAGAUACACUAUGUGUAUCGUGAGGAUGGCCAGGGCUUUCGUUACAGCUCGGACCUUCUUACUCAUCAAAGACUGCACAAGAGGACGGAAACAUUCUCAAUGUAGUUAGUCAGGGUUCAAUCAAGAAACCAAGAAAGUCCAUGCACUGAAGGUGAUAGAGGCUUACUCGGCCAUUGGGAGGGCUGGGGCAGCAAAGGGCAAGGACACUGUCACCCAUGAUGUCGUCCUGAGGCACGGAAGCAGGGGUUCGCAAGAGCAUUCCAGAGAACUACUCUGGAUCUCAACAAUGUCUGCAAGACUCCCACCAACUGUCGCAUGCUGCAGUGGCAAAGUAAGUGAUAACUGACAGACCGACGGUUUGUGGCAAUGACAAUAAUUAGAGAUCAGAUUUCCAUGAGUGGAUAUGCCCAGGAAGGAAAUUAUAAUUGAGAUGAGUACACUGAGGCUUUCAGGCCAGCCAAAAUCUGUACAUUUUUUAAAGAGUGUACCUGCUAGAAAGAUACUCAAAAUGAGUGCUCAGAAAUGAAACCGAUGUUAUUGUUAUUCGUGUGGUGAGAAUAUUAGUCCAUAUUCUCAGGUUUCCAAACCCAUAAGGU